UGGUCGUGGUAUUAUUCGUGUUAAUCGUAGGGUUAUUUUGCACGGGCAUUUCAGGCAUCUCGUGGCUCUGGUCCUAGCAUCCUUAAUUGUGAGCGGGCCGUUUUUUUGGUGCCAGUUAGGUGGAAAGCUUAUAUACAAGAAGAAGGGCGCGGGGCUGCCGCGAUGGAGCGCGGCACGGCGCCGCCGCUGGCCGCGCUCAACGACUCGGCCGAGGCGGGCGGCUCGCUGCUGGACCGGCUCUCCGAGAGCACGCUGCUGGCCGACCUGGCGCUGGACAAGUACAGCUGCUGGCAGUGCAACCACCCCUGCGACGAAAUCACCGAAUGCGUCGGAGCACUCAGGUGUUUCUCGGCGCUGGACCAGAGUGAAGACUUCGGCGGACAGCCGCACCGCGCGCGCGGCUGCAUCACGGAAGUGAACAAGGUGCUCUUCUUCUGCCGCACCAAGAAGUUCAAGCGGAAGGAGUACCAGUACGCGUUCCACUGCUGCGAGGGCAACAACUGCAACGACGGCGAGUUCCCCGCCCUGCCCGUACUUCCCGAGCUCGAGGAGCCUGGCUCCGGCGUCUCGUCGAGCCAGUACUACGGCCGGCUGGUGCUGUCGGCGCUGGCGCCGGUGGCGCUGCUGCUGCUGGCGCUUGGGGUGCUGCUGCUGGUCUGGCUGUGGCGGCGCCACCGUCACCGGCGCGCCGGCCCCGCCGACGCCGGCGAGGCACAGAAGCCGAUGCUCGGCUCGUCCCAGCUACUGGAGGACGAGAUGAUCCGCGCCCGGCAGACGGGGGACUCCACGCUCCGGGAGGUGCUGGAGCACUCGAUGACGUCCGGCUCGGGCUCGGGCCUGCCGCUGCUCAUCCAGCGCACGCUCGCCAAGGAGAUCACGCUGGAGGAGUGCGUCGGCAACGGCCGCUACGGCCAGGUGUGGCGCGGCGUCUGGCAGGGCGAUCACGUGGCCGUCAAGAUCUUCUACUCGCGCGACGAGGCGUCCUGGACCCGCGAGACAGAGAUCUACAGCACCGCCAUGCUGCGCCACGCCAACAUCCUGGGCUACCUGGGCUCGGACAUGGCGUCGCGCAACUCGUGCACGCAGCUGCUGCUGGUGGCGCACUACCACCCGCUGGGCUCGCUAUACGACCACCUGAACCGCCAGACGCUCACGCUCGACCACUGCCUGCUGCUGCUCAUCUCGGCCGUUAACGGACUGAAUCACCUGCACUCGGAGCUGCACGGCACGCAGGGCAAGCCGGCGAUCGCGCACCGGGACAUCAAGACCAAGAACAUCCUGGUGAAGAACAACGGCGAGUGCGUGAUCGCCGACCUGGGCCUGGCCGUCACGCACCGCCAGGGCCACAUCGACCUCGGCAACAACCUGCGCGUCGGCACACGCCGCUACAUGCCGCCCGAGGUGCUGGAUGAGAGCAUCAACAAGGAGUCGUUCGAGUCGUUCCUCAAGUCGGACAUGUACGCGUUCGGCUUGGUGAUGUGGGAGGUGACGCGCCGCUGCUCGUCCAGCGGCCGGGCCGAGCCGUACCGACCGCCCUACCACGACGUCGUGCCGGCCGACCCGGGCUUCGACGACAUGCGCAAGAUCGUAUGCGUUGACCAGCACCGACCGGUGAUCCCAAAUCACUGGUCCGGACACCCGACUCUGGUCGGCAUGGCCAAGCUGAUGAAGGAGUGCUGGCACCACAGCGCCAUGGUGCGGCUGACGGCGCUGCGGCUUAAGAAGUCCCUCGUUCGCCUAGAGGGCGCCAUCAAGCCGGCCAACAACAAGGUGGACCUGUAGCGGCCGCGCCGACGCGCCGCCGCCGAGGCUCCGGCGCGGAAGUAGCGAAGAGGCUGCCCUCUGGCGGCGGACGGCGCGCGUCGCCGUGUCAUCAGCGCAGAGGUACCGGGAGAUGCUGCCAUCUGGUGCCGGACGGCGCCAGCAGGCUCGCUGGCCGCCGUCGGCCCGCUGCUCCUCUGGCGGGCUGGCUGUGGGCACGUUUACCGAUGGACGGGCUGUGCGUCCGCUGCAUGUCUACGUAACGUGUGAAUAUGCCGAUUUUUGUACAUGUGCCUUACCGCGCGCGAGCCGUUGGUGAGACUUCGCCGGUUUUGUAAGUGGACAAGCGCGCAAGUGAAGCUUUGUAAGUAUGCGCGCCAUUGGAGCGUGCCGCUUGUGAGACGGCGCCGGCCGCGGGUGCCGGUCCCUUCGCGAGGCUGGCGUGUGGUGGCCCCACCCGCGCUCUGCUGGAGUCGGUCGCAGUGCCGAGGUGCGGAGGGCGCUGAGCGUGCUCGGGGUUUCGUGCGGCGGCUCGGGUGCCUGGCGGGGGCCGUCAGAUGCCGGCCACGGCGCGCCGGCCUCGGGCUGCGGCCCGCCGCAGGUGGCGGCGGGGUUGCUGCGGUCGCCACUGUGGUGGCGGGACCAGGACAGUGCGCUCCCAUGCGACUCCGAAGAAAUCGGUGCCUUGUGGCGGCGAGGUGCCAGAUGGUUCGGCACAUCUGAGUCCGCCGCGCAUGAACGCUGCUCCAGUCACUGAAGCCGCCGACCUCAGCCAUGAGUCUCAACGAGCUUCGAACCGCGCUGUUCUGAGGACCACCAGGACCCGGAACUGCUCCUCAAACGGUGUCCUCUCGGCGUAGCGUCGGGCCCCAGGCGGGCCCAUCCCGCUGGAUCUCCAGCCGCCGGCUGCCGCUGUACGCUGAUGCCUACACCCCUUACAAACCACCGUAGCAGCCAGGUAGUUGCUAGUGUCUCGUGUCGAAUGUGUCGAUGCCACUGUGCCGUAGGCACGUUGCAUGUUCGGGCCGUACGAAGGUGUGAGAUCCAUGGCGUUUCUCGCGGCGCCUUGUUGGUCACUGUGGCUUCACACAUUGUGCCAUACGUGAAAGUCUCCCUGAUAGCCGUUUUAGUUGUGCGCUAUAGUCGUAGACUGGACAUUAGCCGCCGCGUACGUCGCGUGGUUUGUUUGCUUCCUUGCUAUUAGCGCUGUAUGCAGGCGUAUGGUUUUGUGGGUCGAGCCGCAUGCACCAUUAGAAUAUGCCGUUGGUGCGAUGCAUUCUUGCCGUGUGACAGGCACACUGCUACCAAGAGUGCAAAACCACGCUUCUGAUCCGUCAGCCGCUGUCUGUGAGGUGUCGGCGACCGUACACGUACCGUUGGUAGGUGCCACGAGCACGAUACGCACGAGACCAAUCGCAUGCCUUGAACAGGUGACGUCACCGCCUUGCUCCACGUGCCGCGUUCUCCCAGCGGGAGUCUGCACGUUCCGUUCGGUUGCGCUGAAAUGUGAUGUGGUCGGCUUGCUCUGCUGCCGGUCCUCCGUACCCGAUCUGUCGGUCUCUGGCCCUGCAUGUGUGUUUGUUCCGCCGUAAUGUCCUCCGGGCCCGGCUUUGUUACGCUCGCGGUCCGUCUGGCCGCUCUGUGCGUGCCGCUGCGCCGGCGCGUGAGCCGUCAGCCCCGCGCGUCGGCGUGGCCCCUGGUGGCGUCGCCUGGACCGCGUCCCCCGAGUGCCGCUGUGUGUCCCGCCGGGCUUGUUUCGGUUUCGGAUAGCGGCGCCAAGUUCGGAGCUGCGAACGCGCUGUGUCCGCCCGCAGGCCCGGUGCCGGUCUGCUUCGCUGUUGACGUGCAGCAGCCCAGCUUUCUCGUAACGACUAACAUGCCAGAGAGGAAACUGCACGUUUCGACGGGGUAUUGCUCCCACUCCACUUUGAUGAAAAUAUGAGGCCAUCUAUUUUUGCUGGAGCGUAGACUAGCAGCUGUAGAUAGUGCAAGCCGUGGGAUCAGCGUAGUUAGCAUCGCACUUGGUGCGAGUUAACUACUUAACGGGCGUUGAGGGAUGUGACGUGUGUUGGUCGAUUGAAGCGUCGGUCGGUUCCGAAAUAUUGCAGACGUUUUGAAUGUGGUACUUCUUGCUGUCGGUGCCGAUUACGAACGUUUUGGCGAAGAAAUCUCGUGUGCAUCGUACGCGCUUAUUCGUGAUGAGGUCUCUUGUGUGCGACUGCCCUUGUAGGCUACCGAGGAAUGUUUUGUACUGGAGAUGGGAAUCAAAAUGUGAAAUUGCAUUUGCCAAAUGUGUCUUACCUGUUGAAACCGGCGGAAGUUAUUAUGACGUUUGUUCGUUUGUCUUGGUUGAACUGAUGCCUGGAAUCACGCUGAUGGGAAGUACAAUUAAGUAGACAGGUGUGAAAGAUGCAAGCAACAUGAAACAUGACUUACGUAAUUUGUCGUACGUGGUGCGUAUAUGAAGUGUUUUGUAUGUUCAUUUAUUGUGUUUUUACACUGGCUUGAUUUGCUUUGCCUUCCAGACCAAAAAAUGGCCAGAUGCUUGCAGGGAGCUAUGAAUAAGCGCAAUAAAUCGAGCAGAAACUAAU